CAAAAUUUAUUCAAAAGACAAAAAAAAAUUGUUUAAAAUUCAGAUUUUUUCUUUCUUUUCUCUUUAUUUAAGUUAUCAACACUUUUUCAACUUAGUAUUCGUCCGACAGUCGCAUCGACAAAGUGAAUUCCGGCACAAAAACGAGACAAAAUGGAGCCACAAACACAGAAAAAUGAAGAAACUUCGGCGUUACUUGGAAAUUUUCCACAACAACCAAGAAGAGACUGUAGUAAAAGUAACGUAAAAUCCUCGAAGAAACAAGUGAUGGCAGACAACGAGGUAGAAAAGACUGAUUCGGAAGUCAAGCGAAUGUCAACGACAACGACGACAACUCCGAACAAUGACACGGCCAAUAACAAUACAAUCGAAAUAAAGUUGGAAUCUAUGACAAAUAAUAGUUUAAAUAAUCAUGCAACGAGUAUCAAUGGCGGGACGCACAUCACGAAACUCAGUAGUUGUAGCAGCACCGCUGCCGACAGCACCAAGGACAGCGACAUCCCCAAACAAAUCGAUGACCAAUCGCAAUUUAUUGCCAUGGAUUUUGAUCAAUUUUUGCCGCACGUUGGCGAUUGCGGGCGCUAUCAGGCACUCAUUUUCAUCGUUAUGAUUCCCUUUUGUUUCUUCUUUGCCUUUGUCUACUUCGCACAAAUGUUCAUCACGCUCGUGCCGAGCAAGUAUUACUGCAAUGUGCCUGAACUGGAUUACUUUAACUUGACCGAGGAUGAGAGGAUAUCGAUAAGUAUCCCCCUCGACCCAGAUGACGGUAAAAUAAACAAGUGCCAGAUGUACGAUGUUAACUAUAGAGAAAUUAUUGAAGCAGGCAUCACACAGCCGAAUCGCACGUGGCCUGUAAAAAACUGUGAUAAUGGUUAUACUUACGUUUUUAGUGAUAUUCCAUACCCGACAAUAGCAACAGAGCUCAAUUGGGUUUGCGAUCAAGCAUUCCUACCAAACUUGGCACAAAGUAUUUUUUAUGUCGGCGCAAUUGUGGGAGGAUUAUUUUUCGGAUGGAUUUCCGAUCAUUACGGGCGAGUUCCGGCAUUAGUUGGCUGUACUGUGGUCGGAGGUGUGGCUGGCAUUGUAACAAUUUAUGUGACGGAUUUCUGGGGUUUCGCAAUUUGUCGGUUUUUCGUUGGAUUCGCUUACGACAACGUCUACACGAUGAUUUACAUUUUAAUUAUUGAGUACACAGGCGUGAAAUGGCGAACGUACAUUGCCAAUUUAUCCAUUGCUGUAUUUUUCACGAUAGCCGCAUGUGCUUUGCCAUUCCUUGCCUUAUACUUACUGGAUUGGCGGUUGUUUGCGGUACUCACGUCAGCGCCUUUGUUGCUUGCGAUUUUGACGCCUUAUGUCGUGCCCGAGUCAGCAAUGUGGUUGGUGUCGCAGGGAAAAAUCGAUCGCGCGAUACGAAUUAUGAAGCAUAUUGCGAAGAUGAAUCGGAAGGAGGUUGAUCAGAGUGUUUAUGAUCAAUUUGAGGAGAGUUGUAAGGCGAUGCGGAAGAACGAGGAAGCGCAUAAAAGUUAUUCGAUGCUGGAUUUGUUCAAAACUCCACGAAUUAGGAAUAUUACUAUUUUGCUCAUUAUUAUGUGGAUGACAAUAUCGCUCGUUUUUGACGGUCACGCAAGGAACGUUGGAUCCCUCGGAAUGGAUUUAUGGAUCACCCAUACUCUUGGAACAGCGACCGAACUUCCAUCGGAUUUGCUGCUAAUCUUCAUGAUCGACUACUGGGGACGUCGUUGGCCCUCCGUCGGAGCAUUACUCAUCGGCGGCAUCUUUAGUUUACUUGCUGCUGUUGUGCCUUUCGGUAUUUCUUCCGCAGCUUUAGCGAUUCUCGGACGUGCUUCUGCCAAUUUUUCGUACAACUUGGGAUGUCAAUACGCUGCCGAGUUACUUCCGACUGUCGUGCGUGGGCAAGGCAUCACGUUGAUUCACAUCAUGGGCUACGUGGCAAGUCUCAUUGCGCCAUUUGUCGUGUAUUUGGCGAAUUUUUCGACAUCGUUGCCGUUGAUAGUGCUCGGAAUCGUGGGAAUUGUUGGAGGAUUAUUUUGCUUAUAUUUGCCGGAAAGUUUGAACUGUGAACUGCCACAGACAAUGGAAGAUGGCGAAGAAUUCGGAAAAGAUCAGAAAUUUUGGAGUUUUCCGUGCUGCGGAGCGCAUCGCGUUAACAAAAAGAAGACGACGAACGAAGAAGAUGUCGAAGGAAAAUCGAUUUAGCAGCUUUUUAGGCAGAAAAUUAGGAAUGAGAGGGGAGUCUCUCUCACAAAAAUUGUUAAAAUGUUGUUUUUUUAGAU